AUGAAAACUUGAAGCAGUGGUUGGGUUUAGGGUUUUCAGAGUAGCCGUUUAGCUUGUUUGUUUCGAUGGAAUUCUUCUAAAAACUCCUUUCUCUAACACACGAAUUACAAAUUAAUCAAUCGAUCGUAUCUUCACUACACGAAACGAAGCUUUGCUUUACCAUUCCUCAUGGACGCUGAAGCGGGCCCUCCUCAAAACCCUACCUCAAGACACAAAUGCUCGGCAUGCUAUAAGCAAUAUAAGAAAAAAGAGCAUCUUAUUGAGCACAUGAAAACCUCGUACCAUUCUGUCCAUCAGCCUAGAUGUGGGGUUUGUCAAAAGCACUGCAAAUCUUUUGAGUCUCUGAGGGAACAUCUUACUGGUCCUCUGCCGAAAGGAAUUUGUUCGAAGCUUUUCUCUCAACAGGGCUGUCAACUCUGCUUGGCACUAUUUGAUAGUCCCAGGUCUCUCAAUGAUCAUAGAGAAACAUGUUGCCUUUCUGCCCCUACACGGCUAGGAACAAGCACUGUACCUGAUAUGGAUUCCCAAUUUGAUUGUCAGUACUCUUCUGAUGAAAACCAUGCUGGGGGGUUCCCUGGAGCAGUUGCAAUAGACUGUGAAAUGGUUGGUGGUGGAAGUGAUGGUUCACUGGAACUUUGUGCUAGAGUAUGUUUGGUUGAUGAAGAUGAGAACUUAAUCUUCCACACAUAUGUAAAACCUGGAAUUCCUAUCACUAACUAUAGAUAUGAUAUAACUGGAUUGACAGAAGAGCAUCUCAGAGAUGCCAUGCCACUUAAGGAAGUUCGAGAAAAGAUAUUGCAAAUUUUACACAAUGCAGAAUCAAUCAGCAAAGUUAGACUGGAUGGUGGAAAGGCCAGGCUUCUUGUGGGGCAUGACUUAGCACAUGACUUAUAUUGCUUGAAUAUGCAUUAUCCAGAUCAUAUGCUGAGAGACACUGCAAAGUACCGUCCAUUGAUGAAAACAAACAUGGUCAGCCAUUCGCUCAAGUAUCUAACAAGAACCUAUCUCGGUUAUGACAUCCAAUCCGGCACUCAUGACCCGUAUGAAGAUUGUAUUUCUGUGAUGAGACUAUACAAGAGAAUACGAGGUCAAAUUCAUGCAGAGGAAGAUCAUAGAACAUUGACUCCGAGAAACAACAUUGUUGCCAUACCUGAUAGCUGGAAAUCCAAGGAACUUGAAAACCUCACCCCAGAUGAACUUUAUGCCAUUUCAAAAUCCGACUACAAGUGUUGGUGCUUGGAUUUGAGGCCAAGAUUGGCAGCCUGAGUUACUCUCAUUGCAAUGAUCUUUUUUGUAUAUACAUUAUCUUUCUAUGCACCGUGUUAUCCUCUGGACAAGAAAACAAUGAGAAAAGAUAGGUGCUUAGUUAUGGAGCUUUUGUAGAUAUCUACACCGCGUUGUUCAACUUCUUGUCCUUGUUCAUCAUAAAUUAUAACGAAAACACACCUUCUCUUU